CUCUCUGUUUAUUUCCUCUCUCCUUCUAUUGUUUCCUUCCUUUCAUUUGUGUCCUUCUCUCCUUUCCUUGUUCCCUCCACUAUUUUCUUCAUUUGUUUUCUCAUUUCCUCUCCUUGUUUCCCUGUCUACUCUCCUGUCUUCUGCUCUCCUCUCCUCUGUUUGUUUCCCCUCCUCUCUCAUUUUCUUCUUUCUUCUUCUCUAGUUUCCCCUCUCCUCCUGUUUCCUCAUCUCCUCUCAUUUCCUCCUCUCUAUUUUGUUUCCUCUUUUUCUGUCCUCUCUUUGCCUCUCUUCUUGUUUCCUCCACUCCUUGCCUCCUCUUCUGUCUCUCUUUUUGUAAAUUCACUUAAAGUUAAUUGCUUCCAACAGGCUUUUCUCUCAGUCUGUCACGCUGCUCUCUGUCAUGUGAUGACACUGUGUUGGUCUUGUUAUCGGGGGCUGUGGAUUGCUGCAGGGUGGAGAGGCCCAUUGCACAUGAACUGGGCUGAUGACUUAAUCGCGUGUACACUGUGUGUUCACGCUUGCUACUACAGCCAUGAGAUCCUCUGCAGUGUAAAGAGAGACCCUUCUGCUGGUUGCUGUUUGGGACUGGAUAACAGAUCUCCCAAAUGGCCGAGGAGGUUUUAAUUCCGUCGGGGAAAAUCACAUCGCAACUGACCGGCUCUUUGUUGGCGGUGGCGUUCCUUACCUCCUUUGGUAGCUCCAUGCUUUAUGGCUACAAUCUGGCAGUGGUCAACUCCCCUGCUGUGUACAUAAAAGACUUCUACAAUAAGACAGCGCUGCGUCGCAAUGGAACAGGCCUCAGUGGGGAGACCCUCACCCUUAUGUACUCUCUCACUGUCUCUGUCUUCGCUAUUGGUGGUCUGCUGGGCUCCCUCAUCGUGGGCAUACUGGUCUCUCGCUUCGGCAGGAAAGGCACAGUGGUAAACGCAACAGUGUUGGUGUUUAUUGCUGGCUCACUCAUGGGCUUCAGCAGGAUUUGUGGUUCACCUGAGAUGGUCAUCAUUGGCCGCUUCAUCACAGGAAUCCACUCAGGCAUCUCUCUAAGUGUGGUGCCAAUGUACCUGGGCGAGAUAGCACCUAAGAAUCUGCGAGGCUUCCUGGGUCUUGUCCCAAGUAUCUUUAUUGGCACUGGAGUCUUCGCUGCCCAAAUCCUCGGCCUACAUGAGCUUUUAGGAAAGGAGGAGCACUGGCCCCUCUUUCUGUCAGUGAUAGUGGUACCAACUUUUAUCCAGUUGAUGAUGUUGCCAUGGUUCCCAGAGAGUCCCAGGUACCUGCUGAUUGAGAAGCACAACGUCCAUGCCACCAUCACAGCCCUGAAGUGGUACAGAGCCAAAUGUAACAUCCAGGCUGAGAUUGAAGAGAUGCAAGAGGAGCAGCGCUCCCUGUCCUCAGUGGAGACACUGUCAGUAUGGAAACUGUUGCUGGAUGGUACAGUCCGCUGGCAACUGCUGAGCGUAGUCGUCAUCAACAUCGGCAUGCAACUGUCUGGCAUCGAUGCUAUCUGGUUCUAUACCAAUGACAUCUUUAAGAAUGCGGGUAUCCCAGCAGCAGAGAUCCAGUAUACCACAGCAGGGACAGGAAUUAUAGAGAUCAUCGCUGGACUCAUUGGGUGUUUCUCCAUAGAGAAGCUGGGCAGGAGGCCUCUCAUGAUUGGGGGUUUUUCCGUGAUGGGCAUCUGCAGUGCAGGAAUCACAGUAGCCCUCAUUUUACAGGCUCACCUAUCAUUCAUGCGCUACGUCAGUGUCUGCUGUGUAGUUGGCAUCAUCGCUGGCUUCUGUAUCGGUCCAGCGGGGGUUCCCUUCCUGAUCACAGCAGAGCUGUUUAAACAGUCCCACCGCCCGGCAGCCUACAUUGUUGGAGGAUCACUCAACUGGCUGUCUAACUUCACUGUUGGCUUCGUCUUCCCCUUCUUACAGAUGUCAGCAGGGUCUUACUGCUACUUGGUGUUUUGCACCAUCUGUCUGGCCGUGGCAGUUUAUGUCUACAUUGUGAUCCCAGAGACCAAAAACAAGACAUUCAUGGAGAUCAGCCGGAUGUUCUCUAAGAAGGAGGCAGUGCUUGAGACCCAAGGCCUGACCCACGUGGACCAGCUAAAACUGAAGAAGAUGAAUGGCUAUGGUGGUAUGGAACAUACUUCACUGGAGUUCGACAGUUCUUCUUCUGUACCCUAACUGAGCUCCAGGUUUUCACUGGGACUGCAAAACUAUUCAUUACUUCUCUUUGCCAUUCCACCAUUGUAAUAUGUACACAUUAACCAAACACCACUUAGCCUGGACUCAGUGGGCUCUGGGAGGGUGUACUGUAAAUCAAGCAAUUAAUAUACAGUGCAGUAUGCAGUUCUGGCAUUUGCAGUUGUUUAUUAAUUAUUUUUUUCAGUCUGAGCCAUUAAAGGAAAAGUCCAGCUAAAUUAAACUGGGUCUUAUUUUCAUAGAUUUGGCAGUUCUUCCUAUCAGUACUAAUAAAAUUGUUUUCACCAAACCACUAGCUGAGAUCUGGGACCACACUGACAUCACUAAAAGGAAGUCUGAUAGGACAAGAAACAGACCAUCAGACGGUUGGAAACAAACCUCCAAGUUAGGCAUUUGGAUGGAAAAUCCAUCACAGUUCAUAAACUUACUUCCUGCUUGAUCUUUGACCUACUGUACUUACUGUAGUUGAGCACAGUUUUCCUGUUCAACAAGGGAUUAUUAGCAAUACUUCAGGUGCUCUCACUUUCAGUUUGCCCUUCAAAUGAAGUGGUUUAGAUAAGCUUAAUAAACGUUUGGUUAGCAUUUUUGUGCAACUUCACUGUAUAAUUGUCACCAUAUUCCCAGAUCACAACAAUUACUUUGUUGAGUAAAAUGUGAUCACAGCUGUUAGGAAUGAUGGACAAACUGCAAAAAUAAGAUGCAAGUUGUAGUAAACCACACUUGUGCUUUAAUAAACUAUGAAAACAAGCCUUCCAUGGGAGGCAAAGUAUUUAAGAGAAAAGCUAUGAUUUCUCUCAACUUGGCUCUAAUAUUUUGUAGUUUAGGCCAGUGGUUCCCAACUGGUGGGUCCAAAAGUUGGUCACAGGUCCAUUCUGAAUGGACCACAAGUGACUCAUGAACAUGACAAGUUUGUAAAAAAACACACUUUCUGGUGCAUAGCUGUUAUUUUGAAGUGCCAUUUCCUGCCGUAGAGUACUGACUAAUGGACAGCUACUUGACAGAGACAGAAAACUAGCUCGACGAUAUGGCCAAACGGAAGUAUGCUGUGAAUAUAUUAAACUGUGUAGACCUUGAACUAAUGACGAAGGAGAAAAUCUGGACCCCAUGGUUUGACCAGUUGGGAAUCACUGGUUAAGGCCAUCAGUUUAAUCUGCAAUAAUGACAUUGCACUCACCAAAGUGAUUGCCAAGCUCUCUGAAUGUCGAGAUAAAUAUCAUCAAAAUGUCAUCGAUAAAAAUAGACCGGGUAAAUGGGUCAACCAACCGUCAUACCAUUUAGUGCUUUAUAUUUUAAGAAUGAAGACACCAUCUUCCAACAUAACUAUACAUACUAUACUACAUAAAUAAUGAUGGAAUAUGGAAGUCUGGAUGAGAUCAGCACAGCUGCUAAACUUGCUAAAAAUUUAAUUACAGAAAAAAACUAGACUUAGGUUUCCCUUACAGUUUAUAUCCAUGUCUGUGAAAACAUGGAUGCUUCACACCCAAUGUCCCCCAGGCAGCACAGAAGAUCUAUAAAAUCAGCACAAUUUCAAGGUGGACACCCAAGAUUAGAGUUACCAUUUCAGUAUCUGACCAAAUAUUUUCCCUUCUGUAUCUGAGAUAUGACAUUGAAUAAUGGCCAGAAAAGUGUUUUAUGCAUAACAUUAUGAUGUCACAGUGAGGUUGACCUUUGACCUUUUGGGUAUAAAAUGUCAUCACUUCAUCAUUUUAUCCUAGUUGACAUUUGUGGGAAGUUUUCUCAUAAUUAGUGUAUGAAUUCUUGAGUUAUGCCUAAAAUCUUAUUUUGUGAGGUUACACUGACCUUGACCUUUGACCACAAAAUUCUUAUCAGUUUAUUCUUCAGUCCAAGUGGACGUGCGUGUCAAAUUUAAGGAGAUUCGCUCACGGUCCUCUUAAGAUUUUCACAAAAAUGAGACAGACAAGGACACAGUGACCUUGAUCCUUGACCACCAAACUCUAAUCAGAUCAUCCUUGAAGAAAUUCCCUCAAGGUGUUCUUAAGAUAUUGCGUUCACGACAAUAAGAUUUAUGCAAGGUCACAGCAAUCUUAACCUUUGACCCUUGACCACCAAAAACUAAUCAGUUCAUCAUUGAGUCCAAGCUGACCUUUGCGCCAAAUCUGUAGAAAUUCCCUCUAGGCGUUCUCGAGAUAUCACAUUCACGAGAAUGAGAUAGACACGGUCACAGUGACCUUGACCUUUGACCUUUGACCACCAAAAACAAAUCAGUUCAUAGAGUCCAAGUGGACAUUUUUGCCAAAUUUGAAGAAAUUCCCUUGAGACAUUCUUGAGAAACCUUGUUCACAAGGAUGGGACGGACGGACGGACAUCUGAGAACAUAAUGCCUCUUGCCAUGGUUAUUGCUGCAGUGGAGACAUAAAAAUGUUAAAUUGGCAUAUUUCUUUGAUCAUCUUGAAAAAUGUUACCUGCUUCCAUCUAUCUAUAAACUACACUGGAUGUUUUUGAUGCAUUGGUUACCAGAUGGUCAGUUUUGAAAUGCAGCUUUUCAACACCAGACACUUCUGUCAUUGGGGGUGGGGGGGUUAGGUUUUCUAUCCUGGCACUUUCCUAAAAAUUUUUUGUUUGAAAUAAAAUGGGCAUCACUAGCUGCAAACAACCACAUAUCUGUAUCCAUUGUUUGAAUGCAAGCAGUGCUUAAGCGAUUUACAUGGGUGUCCCACAUGUCACCAUGAAAACACAAACCAUUAAACAACAAAUACAUGUCAAGGUAUUAACUUGGGCAGACUCAACAAAACUAUUGGAGCCUGGGCAGAAAUUAACAUUUUAAUAUAAUUUUUUUUUAAUCUUUAAACAUUGCAGUAAAUAUAAUCCAUUGUGGGAAACCCUGAUAUUUAUGCAUGUUAUUUUAUUGUAAAGUUACAUUUCUUGUUUAUAUUUUCCCUUGUCAAUUUACAGACUGUACAGUAAAAUGUGCUGAAAUUGUUUUGUACAAACAGCAAAAUACAGUUUGUUUAAAUACAUGGAAAUGUGCAUGUCUUUUUGAAUUGUUGAAAGAUAACUACAUUAAUUAAACUAGAAAACCACUCGGGGAGCGCAGACCUCCGCCAAGCAGCUUGGAUUUCCCGCCAUUUUAUUAUUUUAUCCACUUCGCUUCAACCAAUCACCACCAAAAUUCAUCUUCUUCAAUUCAUCAUCUGUUCCUUGUCCCAUUAUCAACCUUUCCUGAAAAUUUCAUCAAAAUCCGUUCAGAACUUUUUGAGUUAUUUUGCAGACAAACAAACAGACCAACGCUGGCGAAAACAUAACCUCCUUGGCGGAGGUAAUAAUAUUGUAGUACUGUGUCUGUGUGUUUUAAUGACUGAUUGUUAACAAUUUCUCUAGUAGCACAUCCCUUUCACGAUUCCUUAGCAUGGUGAAGAGCGGGACAACAGCUCCUGGUAGGGUUUCUCAAAGCAAAACGGUCUCAAGGAAAGACCCAGACUGAGCGAUUCACAGAUCCUAUGAAUCAGACAUGAUGGAGAUGAAGCACCUCAUCCAGAAAAGGAAAAACCGGGGCACCCCUGUGAGUAAUCUGGUGGCCAGGCCUUGACCCAUGUGGCUCAUGGUGCUGCUGGCCUGUGGACCAAACACUGACAGGCAUAGGUACUGAAGUGGUGUGAGCCAGGCGGCAGGCAAGGGCGAAGAUCUAUACUGAUCCCUGGCAUCACAGACUGGCUUAAGGGACACUGAAUAUUACCUCUUUGGCAGGGACAGAACUGGAGUUGAUGCAGGAAGAGGAGCAGUACCCACUACUAGGAGACAGGGUCACCUCUUUGCUUAGCACUGGUUCAACAGCCAAACUCCUGGAGAGUAGGGCUGGGCGAUACAACGACUAUGUACGAUAUCUUGAUAUAUUUUUAAGCAAGAUAUAAAUUUAGACAAUACCGUUUAUAUUGAUAUAGGGUAAAGUUGCGUAGCAUCAACACACUCUCCACUUUCAAAUCCUGCUUAAAAACUUUCAAAUAGCCUAUUCAGUAUGACUCCCAUCCACCUAGCCACAUA